CAAUUUUUAUAAAAUAUGAAUUUGUUCUUAUUAAUUGAUUGAAACAUUUGUUGCGUAUAUCCAUAUAUACACCUUAUUCUGCAAGUCUCUCUAGUCUCUACUAACCCAGCUAGAGUGAGAGAUCAGAAAGAAGAGUAAUGGAUCACAAACACUAUCAAUCUCCUUUAGACCCAUCAUCAUCUUUUCCGACCACUACGACUAACAGAGACCACUAUCUGAAACAACUAAACAAGUUUUCACAUAACAUCUCCAAACCCAACAACAUUAAGAAACCCACGUUUGUUGUCUCUUCUUCUCAAAGCCUCACUCACAACAACACCUUCAACAAGCAACACGCUCUCCCCGCUGAGUCUCAGCCUCAAGUGUACAACAUCAGCAAGAACGAUUUCAGGGACAUGGUCCAAAAGCUGACCGGCUCACCCGGUCAUUCCCCGCAGCCCAAACCGGUUUCAACUUCUCGCCUCCACCGUUUGCGCCCGCCACCGCUGCCGCAAGUUUUUAGCAACCGCCCUCCGCCGCCGAAAUCCGGAAACGUCGUCGUCGCGCCUCCGUCGCCUCUGCCGCCGUUUCCCACCGUCCACGCGGAGUCUCCCGUCUCAGCGUACAUGCGCAGCUUUCUGCGGAACUCGGUGGCGUCUUCUUCGGAGUCGGAGUUUCAGAUACCAUUUUCACCGGUCACUUUUGGAUGCAUCAAUUCGUUGGUGCCCCUUUCACCGACUGUGCCGGUUUCGAGCCCUGGAUGGAGAGAUCUUUGAACUUGUUUUGUUGGGGUAUGUUUUGUACGUUGCGUGAGUCAUGAUGUUAUAUGUAGUUUAAUAUAAUUUGUAAUUUGAUUUGAUUAUAUUUCUAAAGUAAGAAUAGUUGGACGUAAAAGUGUUGGCUUUUUAGAAAUGGUGUAAAAUCCACGACGGAUGAUAUUAGAGUA